AUGGCCCCCAAGGCAACAGCAAAUGUGCCGGCAUCAAGACCUCCGGGUGGAAAACAGAAAGGUCGUGGCGAUCAACCACAACCUCAGCAGAACCGCAUAGAGUUUGCCUUGCCCUCGAGUGUGGUGCAGGCGGUUCAAUCACUGUCUACACGGGCCACGCAAGACUUAUGGACGGCGGCACCGGUGCCUUUUCUGGCAGGGACGGCGGAGCAGAACCUCCAGCGGAGGACCAACCUUACCAACAAACUUGCCAAACGCCUGUCCGGCAACGAGCGUGCGAAAGCCGACAUGGCCGUCGCUUUGCAGGCUUGGUUUGGCUUUGUCAGCCAGCAUAUGCUCGGCCUUCUGGCGCAAGUCCGUGCAAUCGGACAACGGUUGGACGACGACACGGCCGUGGCUGCCAGGGAGAUGCGCGAGAUCCUUUCCGAGCAGCCCUCAGAGACCACAGCGGCUCAGGUGAACAAGGCUCUAGCUGCGGUGGGACCAAUCUGGUCAGAACCUCAGGAACAGGAGGUGCUGCAACUUGCUGCCCGCCUUCGCGCCUUUGGCACAGUUACAAUGCAACCAGUGGGCAACACCGUGGCCAACUCCGCUGGAGGGCUGCCACCAGGUGCGCAGCUUGUGGAGGAUGGCGUUCCUUCCGGUCGCACAAGCACGACGGAUGCUACACUCACCUUGGUUUCUCCUCAACAAUGGGGCGACACUGGAGGAGUGCGGCUUGGAGCUCAUCUGGAUGUGGGCUCUGUGGCAAGCUUUGGUGCCACGGACGAAGAUCUCCUAGGCCUCGACGGCUCAGGCGAUCCAGCCAUACCGAUUCUCGCCACGGAGUUACCUGGCGUAUCUACUAUGGAUGUUCGGGCCCCGACCGCAGUGCCGCCGCCUCUGAUUCCAGCUGGUGUAGAUGCGACAGCGUUACCUGUCUCCACAGGGGGCAGAUGGAGGAAGCGAAGUGGUGGCCACACGGAGAGGCCGUCCAAAAGCCCACGUCGGGAGAUCGACACGGGCACGCCGUGGCCAUCCUUGAAGACAGGUCGCACACCGGACAAAGUGCCCAGGUCUUCGCUCCUGGCUGCUGUGGAAGACGAAGCGGAGCUGAUCCCGGCGGAGCGCGAGCCCCCACGCACUUGGGAGCAGGCAUGGACUGCUCUUUUGCAGUUUGCAGUUUCUCAGGGAGGGGAACGUGUGGGCGAACUUGCUUCUUGCCCCGAACAAGAUGCAAUAGUCUGUCCCGUCCACAACGCCGAGAAAGAAAGCGAGGUCUUGACACACUGUGGAGCGGUGUGGCAAUGCCUCCAACAGGUGUUGCAGAGCAGGGAUUUAGGUGCACUUCCUGGUCUCUACCAACAACUGCGAGAUCUGCUGCCUCUUGUCCGUUCGUGUGCAGGUGUUGUCAGCCACCUGCCCCAAGGCCUUCUGGUCGCGGCACAUGUAACUGUAGGAGGGCUCCUCGACCCUUACAGCUACGCACCCGCUACUCUGCAGGAGUGGCUGCACCCUACCCUGCUGACCGAACGAGGAGGUCCCUUCAAAGGGUAUAUUGCUGUGGAGCCUGCAGAGGAUCCCCAAGGAUUUCUCGGCGGAAGGCAAUGGACGGGUCGGCCUGACAACUCCGACAAAGUUGGUAUGCCUGCUCCUCACAACACUCUCCGCCCUUCUGCUUGCGCUUGGCAGGAGCUUCACGGCCUUUUCCGGAGUGUUCUGGCCCUCCGAUGGGGUCAUGUCUGGCGCCUUGGAUCCGGUUUGUUGGGCGCUUGGUUGUUCACGCCAUGGGUUGGUCCGGCCGCCAGUGUUGCAGCAAGGUGGAUUCUUUACGGCAGCAGGUCGCCAUUUAAGAUUUGCCCGAGCUCGCGCCAGCUACGGGUCUACUUACUCUUAUGGCUUUGCUGCACUCCAACUCACUCGGUUCAGAUUUGGCCGGUCAGUGCUGCGCGGGGCCAGCCAGUCUUUUCAACAGGGUCGGUUCCUGCUGCUGUGGAUGCGUCAGCCCUUGCUCCAGUGCGUUUUCCGGGUGGUCCUUGUGUCGAACCGGUCCUGCAGCAGGUUCCAGCACCAAUGCGAGACAUCGGGGUCUUUGCCCCGUCUUUGGCGCACUGCCCUCAGGUCCUUCAUGUUGAUGACCGUACCCAUGGGGCCCUCUUGUUCAGACAGGUAUGCUCUGCGCUAGGUCUGCAGACAGCGGAAUGGAGUUGGCGCCGCCAGGUGGAAACACUGCCUUCCCUCCCACCGGAGCAGUACGUUCUUACCGAGCUCACCCUCCCGUGGUUUCGGAUCCGUGUUCCAGUUGACCUUCGUGCUGUCGGCGGCUCUGUCUCGCUUUUAGACACCUUCCGACACCAGCCAGGCGCCGCGAUAAUCCGGGACGCGGCUGUGCAGCAAGGCAUACACGUUGAUGUGAACAACUGCCUAUGUCGGCUGGGAAAUGCUUGGUUUGUUCCCCAGGCGUAUGUGCUUUUGCUCCCGCAAGGAGACGCAUUGCAAGACGUGUUUUCCACGAGCCUUUCGCUGCCUGGACCCGCUGAGCUUGCCUUUCAUUCCGAAGCUGGGGUCAAUGCGGUGGUUCUGUAUGCCAACGGGCUGUUUUUUACAUUCGCCCCGAUGUUUGCGGUUGUCUCCCAGGCCUUAUCGAUUUCCGACCACUUGGUGCGGGGCUUGCCGUGCUUCCUUUCCAACCCGGAGCGAGCCCGGCAACUCGCCUGGCAAUGGCUGUGGCCACAUCCGGAGAACCAGUACCGGAUUGUAAGCUUGCUGAGUGACCGAGGAGCAGACGUCCUGAAGAGCGUGCUACUCAGGGCGCUGACACUGCUUUUCCCGGGAGGAAGCUUUCGUCUUGAUGAAGGGGUGUUUAUCACGUCUGCCGACCAAGGUUUUCCCUUCGUUUUCUUUCAGCUUGGAUUGGACUUCUGUCGCUUGUCUGAUGCAGGAUGGAGCCUGUUCUUCCGAGUUCCCGGGUUGAACAAGGAGUUCAAACUUUCCCUCUGCACUGGCCAGCUCAUGCGCCAUUUUCCGUGGGCCAUCCGAGUCGGAGAAUGGGUGAGAGCUGCUUGCACGCUGUCGGUGGAAUGGCCCGAAGUUAUGUCAAUUGGAGGGCUCACCACGUGGGACCUGCCAGGUGUUGAGAUCCACGGACAGUUGGCUGUUUGGAAAUGGCCUGGUGAGGUGUCCUCUCUGGCUGGGGAAUGUGGGCACCUUUUCCAAGAAGGCCAUGACGCCUUCGCCUGCGACGCCACACGCGGCCUCCAGGCACGCAUCAAUGGGGUUCUGAACCAGCCGUCAGUUGCAGCAUUUGCCAGUGUGGUCAGUCCUGCCGUUGGACGCAGCCUGACGACUCGAUCAUACCUAGGAUGGUGGUUCCUCCUCCCUUUUCUUCUUCAGGGCCCGGUGCCGGUGUUGGGUGCGGCCUCAGAUACUGACGAUGAAUGCCCGGAACCGCAGGUAUUCCCUCGAUAUGACAGUUCCCCGCCAGUGGCCGUGGCAUGGUGCUAUGAGCUAUCCUGCCAAACCACGCACUUGGGUGUCAUGCCUGCCUCCCUCUGGGGAUAUUGUCAGGCUAACGCACCGACUGACACGAUUCGCUUCCACAUUUGGACACCCUUUCAAGGGCCUGCCAUUUUUGAUUACCCCAAGGGCGGGCCGCUGUCCGGGUUUAAUAGUUUGCUCUGGGAAGCAGGACACCGUCCGGACUCCUGCGGUCUGCAUGUUGCGUUUGACACGCAACCUACUGUCCUGGAUGUUGUAUCGUGCCCGAUUGGGGAUCCUACCUGGUGGAUUGUUAGGGACGGCAUGUCGAGGGAGCUUCUGCGCCCUGUUGCUCCAUGGUAUGAGCCGGAUGGUAGACGUGUGCUUACCCUGAACUCACUUGGUCAAGCCCAAGGCCUCUCUUUUGGCCCAGAGGCAGGUGCGAUGCAGAGGCUUCCUGCUGGGGUCCGAGCAGCUAUCACUUACCCCUUUUCACGGGUCUUAGGGCACCUCUCGGCUGGAGGGUUGGUUCUAACUGAAAUUGCGAUUGGCUCCUUUUCUAGGGCUAGCUCCAUGCGCAGCUCCUUGCUGAUAGGGGUUCUGUUGGGAUCGCUCCACGUCCAUCCUGUAAGGGCAAUGCAGCAGGAUCUUAUCUUGCGCACUUCUUCCGGCCAGCAUCAGGGGCAUCCCCCUGCGUGGGGACUUCCUCGCGAUCCGGCGCCUACCAUCUGCCGGAUCUGGACCUACACCCUAGCAGCUCCCACGGUUGUUCCGUAUGUUUCUACUCCCGACCCAGGUGUUAUGGCCACUUAUGUGGCCAAUACUGCUAGGGGCGUUACUGCCACAGGUGAUUUCGUCUGGACGAGCCCUCAGAUUGUCCACGGGGUUGCGCACCUCUUGCAUGUGCCGUCCGGCUCGACCACAUCCACGAUAUUUUGGCUUUUGCAUUAUCGAGGUCGAGCUGCUGUCAUGAGCGUACCCAGAGCGGUCUUCGAUUGGCAGCAUGUGGGACAAACAGCUGCUGAGGAGUUUGGCUUGCCGUUCUUCUCGCAGGGACAGUUCGGUAUUUGGCAUGGGGGCCGGGUUAUUCCCUUCGGGUCUCAGUUGCCAGCGCCAGGCCACGGGACCAUUAUUACCUUGGUGCGUAAUCUUCCGGUCCCUGCUGCGGGUUUCUCCUCUUGGGAUGCGCCAUCGGAUGCUCCGGCUUCCUUUCAUUUUGAUUAUGAUCUGUGCCGUGGUGCAGGAGGGGAACUUCCUCUAGCUGGCGAGACCUGCCUCCAAGUGCUGCCAUCAGGUAUGAGUCAGUCACCUCCACCACCUGCUGAGGCUGCUGGUCCGUCCCGCACGGCUCCAACGCGCUGGCCCACUAAGGAGCCCCACUCCGCCCCGCCUAGUGUCGUUCGGCAGGUCAAUGAAAUCAGUCAUCAGCUCACGAUGCUUACCUCACGACUUGAGGUUGCGGGCGUUCUCCCAGGGAGCGAGCCCGCGGAGGUGGGUGCCGCACCAUGGUUUCAUGGUCCUGAGGAGUUAACCAAUAAGGACAAGUCGACGGCUAGAACUGUACAUCCCGUUGCGCAAUGGGGCGUCUUUCUUCUUGGGAGGUUCCUAGGGCAGUCCGGUUUCGUGCUAGGGGUUCUCUCUGCCAUCACUCUUGUUCGUGGCGACGGCGAAGAUAGUGCCCCAUCGGAGCCCUCCCAGCCUAGCUCACCAGACCUUGCAGAGGUUACGGCCCCUACGCCGGCAGCCGAACUUGUGGGGACAGGAGGUGAGGACACCCAUCUACUCCGCCCGAGUGAUGAGGACGCUGCGCGCACUGGUACGCCGGUUGUUGGCCAAUGGCCCGCUGUUGCGCCAACCUUCGAUCAUGCGUCCAUUCCCACUUUGCAAGGACGUGUUAUUGCUUUCAUGUGUGAGGUCGACGACCGCAGCAACCGAAACCGACCUUUUCUGCCGGCGGGGUGUCCGCUGACUAUCCAUAAUCCCUUUACAGUUUCUGACCAAUGUAGCGUGGUCACCCCCCUUGUUGGAUCCGGGCAAGAAUUUCGGUUUCUGCUCCAAGAUUUCUCUGGCCGCCGUGGCUGGCAGCAGAUACUCCCUGUCCAACCGCAGCCCGAUACAGAGGCGGUUCAUCUGAUUCCCGCAGCAGCCGAUUCGGCACUGGCUUCCGUUGUGCUUCGCACCCAUCGAGGGCUUCACCCGGUUUGCCUUCCAGCUACGCUCCCGGUUGGUCCUACUCGGGCGUUGACCUUAGGUGGUCGUUUUGGCCGACUGCGCGAACCGUAUCCUCUUCGACGUAAUGUCGAACGGCCGGUGCACCUUCGAGAUGGUGACUGCCUCCUUCUCGACUCAGGUCCGUUUGGCCCGCCGCCUCCGACACCAGUUGUCACUAGUGGGGCUGCUGUGUUGCCAAUGUGGAUACUUGGGGGACUGUCUUUCAGAUACGUCCCUAUGCGCCUUCUGGUUUUCCUUCCUGCGGUCCAGGCAAUGCUCCAGUGGACGGACACUUUAAGGCCGACACGUCGUGACACGGUCGAAGUGGGCUCCUUCGCGUGGCGAGACGCAAGGUUUGACAGGACAUUUGAGGGGAUUGUCAGUCAGCCGCGGCUGCGGUGUGUCCUUUUGUGUCCUCUGACAGGCAUGCAAGGUCCGCAUGAGAUAGCUACGCGUACUGUUUACCCUGCGUUGCUCGGCCACUAUCAAGCUGUGCAUGGCGACUGGAUCCGGGAUGUUGUCCCAGUCUGGCCGGGGCUCUUUCGUGACCGUCUAGUUCUGGUACCUGAUAUCGGGGCCGACCCCAGGUGUGUUUGUAUCGUAGCGUGCCACUCGGAUACUGCAAGAGCAUUCUUGGUGCCCGGCCGUUGUACCUUUGACUGCCUUCUGCGGACACUACGCCACCUGUCGGGCUGGCCCAUCAUGCAUUUGGGAGUCUCCCCCGCUGUUCGCUCUUCCCUGCCGAACCCUCGCACCUGGGAACUGAACCUUCGCACUGCGGAUGUUCUAGAAGUAUUCACGGGUACGAAGGAUGUUAAUGCUUUUGUUCCGCAGAUGCCUCUCAGUCUCGUUUCUCAGGUGCGGUGGACCGCCCCCUUUGUGGUUGCUGAGACUGACUUAGUUGGUGUCUGGUCGCCGGUUCAUGGGGGUCCGAUUUUUACCCGGGUUGAUGCCGGUGCAUUUUGGACACCUGAGGACAGGACGUUUGAGGGCUCUUUCAGGAGCCGCUGGCCAGGUUCGUGGGUCCCUAUUCCAUGGCACCCGGGAAAUUGCGUGCACUUAAUGCAAGCUUCCACCAGUCCGGGAAGAGCGCAUAUUAUACAUGAAAGCCGCGAAGGGGUAGUGGCGCUUGCCUUCACUGCCCGUACUAGCCGUUCUGAACUUGCGGAAGAAUUGCAUUCCUUGCCGGAGUACAUGGCUGUACUCGGCGCUACACCUGAAGACACCAUUGCACCCCUUGUUCUCCGGGACGGUGAUGUUGUACUGGACUCAUAUGUCUAUGAGCAGCGUUGGCUCUCUGUUUGGAAUCGUGGGCGACGCUGGGGGCUAGACGCCUCGGUCGGCCUCUCGAUUGCUCUGCUGAUCGCAGCCCGUCAGCCGUCCCUCUUCGGUCUUCUGGUCGGAGGUCUUCCCACUGCUGAGGCUGUCCGUCGUGGUCGGAGCCGAACUCCCAGCUCCGCACACUCGUCUGCUGACUCAGACGAUGACUUAAGCCCUCGAGCUAGUGCCUGGCGCCCUGAGCACCCACACCCUAUGUUGGAGGUCCUGUCAAGUGGUCAAGGCCACUAUCAUAUCCUCUCUCCCUUCCACAGCGGAGCUUUCCCGGCGUACUUUACGCGUGAGGUCGCGGGAACUACGUUGGACGGCCUAGUGGCUGAAUUCUGUCCCGGUGGCUCCCGGGCAGCCUUCAGUUCGUGCGUCCUCGGUGCAUGCCCGGUAAUGACCGAUGGGCGCCACCAGGAGCAGCACAUGUUCUCCAGCACCGUCCUUUUAGUGGAACACCGCCUCCGACGCGGCAUGGGGGAAGUGAUUCUCCGUGACGGUGACCGUGCCCUGCAUGAAUCCAUCCCAGGCGCUUUCAACUGUAGGCUACUGUCCCCCUUCGGGGUGAGGGGCGAUCCUGUUGUUGUCAUGCGACAAAACGACACUGUGGAAGAAGUCAGGAUGGCCUUGACGGGCUCUGAGCCGGUUUGGUCGCACGAAAUAGUUCCGGUGUGGCCGUCGCCCUCGCCCGACCAAUUGGUGUUUGUCCCCGUGGCCCCAUCACCCGCCAUGGCAUGCCUGGUCGUUCUCUCAGUUGAAUGGCAAAUGCCGGUGCUGAUCCCUAAUCGUGCCGAUUUGGCCUGGUUGUUGGAUUUCAUACGAGGUAUGUCGCCAGGCCCACUCUUCUCUCUCAGAGGUCCGCCUGCGGCGGUGGGUCCAGUCACUAGCGCCCACGAAGCCGUGCGUUGGAGGGAUGGGGAUCUGGUUCUGGCCUUUCCCACUGACUUCGAUGCCAGUGCGUUAGAGGUUCCGGUUUUUCGUGCUGAUGAACAGAGAGUGAAGUGGACCUUCCUCUGGUCCUAUGGAGACCAGGGCAGCGCCCGAUACGUACACGCGUUCGGUACCCUGGUCAGUGGAGCCCGGGCACUCGGUUGGAGAGGCUAUCUGGCUUUCCUGUUGCUUUUCGCUGACGCUUACUCGGCACAGGCGAUGAGGGAAGCUCCCCCUCGAGAUACCGGGCAGCCACGACACUGCCUCUGGUGUCCUGCGCAUGGGAGGCUGGGGCCCUUUCUGGACGCAGCCACAGCACUCUAUGCAACAGGCUGGAAUUCUCUUGAUGUUACCCUCGCCCCGGUUCGGCCAGCGCCGCUUUCUAUUGACAGCCAUUGGGUUCCGGGGCUGGGUAUUAGAGGGUGGGCCACAAUUCUGAUAGUCGGUGCACCAGCGCCGCGCGCACUGCUAGUGCCAACCCCACUAACCGCCCCGGCUUUACGCCAGCUCCUUCAGCCGCUGUUUGGGAGUGUUUACAGAUUCCAGGGCAAUGCGCCCGAAUUGUCGGUGGUGGGACCGGCUUCCCCACCUAUCCACCUCCAGGAUGGCAGCUGCCUGCGCAUUAUUCAGGAUGGCUGGGCACCGUCACUCGCUUUCCCAUUCUACCGUACCUUCUCCUCCCUCCGCAGCGCCGUCCGCUACGGCUUCUGGAGUGAUCGCCUCGAGAUUGCUGGUGGGGGCUGGAUCAUCCUGUGGCGGCGGGCUGAUACAAUACAUAGGAUUCUGCGGGCACAGUCGGGUCAACAGUGGCACCCCGAGCGAGGGGCUUUGUUACCGGCUAUGUCCGGGGAGCCGGAGGGCUGGUGGCCCUGGGAUCAAGUCUGGGACUCGGCUGACAUCAUCCAUAUGUCUCCCACGUCUACCAUGACCGCCGCAUCCCCACUUUCAGGAAGCCAGGUUCCUCGCGAGUCUGGCCUGCCGACUGCUACAAGCAACUCGGCCCGCUCUAACCCCGGUGGCUUGCCCUCACUUGUGUGUUGUGGCCUCCUUGCUGUCCCGUGGUGGCGAGGCCGCUCUCUGAAUGGCAGGGAGGCCACUGGGCUCCUUUGCAUCCUGGCGUGCUACCUCGCUGCUUGGGGGGCCCCUCUGCAAUGGCAUGAGGUCUCCAAAGGGACCUGGGAACUGGAUGUCGAGCCGACGUGCCAGCUUCAGGCACAGCUGCACCAAGGUUGGUGGUCUCAAGGCUUAGGAGACUUGUUACCCGGCUGUCUCUCUUCCGCCUACCAUACUGCUUGGCAAGCGUAUCCGGCAUGGGAAGGCGGGCCGCCAGAUAGCCUUCUCAUUGCCACAGAUGGCAGUGGCGAAGGCCCGGGGGCCUGGGCCUUUCUCGUCUGGGGUCUGUUUCGUCAUAAGUGGUUUCGUCUCGGCUGGGCCGCAGCUACACUACCAGUUACCCCUUGGUUGCCUGGCGAGUCCCGCAGCACGCACCCUGGGCUGCGCUCUUUCCAUAGUGAAUUGGCGGCUUUGCAAGCAGCAGGCCACUGGUGUGCCGCCAUGCUCGAUCUUUGGCAACUACGCAUGCGGCACAGGCCUACACAAAUCACUAUAGUGGUGGAUAAUUCCUCUGCCCUCCAGGUAGUGCAGGCGCGCGUCACUACGCACUUCCGCCAUGUCCACAGCCAUGUCGGAGUCCUUGUCAACACACUCGCGGAUGCAGCGGACUUGGACUUUGACCAUUUCCCAUGGCUAUGGGUUAUACCCCAGAGUCGGCUUCGCGAAGGGCAACUGCUCGAUAUGCACGCAGACAUAGUGUGUCUUCAGGAGACCCGGGCACCCGCGGGUCGGUGGGCUACCGGCGGAUGGCUCUCCUGGCGCUCCGGCGCUGAUCGUGGCCAGUAUGGUUGUGAAAUUUGGGUUCGACCUGACAUAGUUAGUCCACCACUCUCCUUGGCCUCGUGCAAGAUCUUGAAGGCAACGCCGCGUCUUCUUGUCAUCACCUGCGUUGAUGAGAGGCUUCCUCUCACCAUUUUCUCUGCUCACGCACCCCAUCAGGAUCGCCCCCUGCAUGAGGCUAAAGGCUUUUGGAGCGAGUUGCACCAAGCACUGCACCAAGCGCCUCGACUUCGCCCUCGACUUCUCGGCAUCGAUGCCAAUGCUGAUUUCUGCGCUCAGGACGCGGAAGAGCAAUGUAUUGGCUCACUCAUUGCUGCACACCCGCCAACCUCCAACGAUGAGUUCCUUUUUGAGUUCGUCACUGUUAACGGGUUAGACUCCCCCGCUACUUUCCCGGAAUACCAAGCCGGACAGGGGUGGUCCUGGGAACAUACGGGCGGUAAACGCAAGCGUUUGGAUCAUUUGCUUUUCAGUACGGGGGAUUGGCAGCACCAUAGCACUGCCCAAGCCUGGGAUUUCGACAUAGUCAAUUCCUACAGGGAUCAUGUUGCUCUAAGGUCUCGCUCUACCCUGUUUCGGCCAAGCCCUGUGGGGCGCACAGCUCGUCGUCGGGCGGUGCUGGGAGGACCUUUUGUUGAAGAGUUAGGGCGACACUUUUGGGAGCAACUCCCAUCUCCCCAUGAGACGGCCAUCAGCAGUGGUGAAGCGGUGUUCACCUUGCAAGAUGCCUAUCGGAAGUUUGCACAGCAACACGCUAGUUCCAGGGUCCUUAAGGUCCGUCAGCCGUACUUGGCCCCUGAGACCGUGCGUUGCUUGUAUCAGCUCCGCGACUGGCGGUGUCAGCUUCGACAUUCCCGGAAACUGCAUCGGCAGCAUACAUGCCGCUGGGCGAUAGCCCGUUGGCGCCGACGCCCUCGGUCGAUCCGCCUCCAGCAUUUGGCCGAUCUGCGCAUGGCUCGCCACUAUACGGCGGCCCUUGCUUUUCAAGAAGCUAAGACCCAGGAUUAUGUUCAUGGGUUGGCCAGGAAGGACAAACAGGCGCACUUCCUGGCAUUGACCACUGCAGCCCUUCAGCAUUGGCACGCCCAUGGUCGUCCCAUGGAGUCCAUCAAUCACCUCAAAUGGGCUUCUAGGAGAGCUGCUGAACGCAGGCAGGUCUAUGCGGCUGGAGGGUACGACAUAGACGAGGCUCUCGAAGAACAAUUUCGGCUCCAAGAGGCCGGAAUCCGCACGGACACUGCACAGGUUGGUGCCGCAACCAGGUCCUGGCUGCGCAGGGAUGCCCUCCCCUGCACACAGGCGGUCCCUUCCCUCCUUCAGGCGGAGGACAGCUGCCGCCGUCAAGCGCCCAAUAAGGCCCCAGGACCCGAUGGGGUACCUAAUGCAAUAUGGCACCACUUCCCGGCUCAGGCGGGACGCUGGGUCUGGGCGGUUAACACAAAGAUAGCGUUGAGUGGCCAUGAACCGUUUGGGUUCAAAGAAGCACUAUACUUUGCACUUUACAAAAAAGGCCCGGCCGCCAUCCCGGCCAACUAUCGCGCUAUUGCCCUUCUCAAUGGGGUGGCAAAAAUUUGGCACAGCCACCUCCGGCGGACAAUCGGCAAGAACGUGCUGCAGGGUUAUGCUGACACCCAGCUUGGAGGGAAACCGGGCGUGCCAGUGAGUUUUGCCGUAGCGGCCUACAGGGCAGCCAUUGACCUGAGCACCCAACUACAGCGCAGUACUGCGGUGCUGUUUGUUGAUAUUCAGGCUGCAUAUUAUGAAGUGAGUCGUCAGCUUAUCUUCUGUGGUGAUGCUGCCCUCACGCCCAGUGAAGAUGCUAGUCGCCCCGACCUCCGACAUCUUACCCAACUAGUUGACGGUCUUCUCUCUAAAGGGGCGUUAGAGCAGAUAGGGAUGGUUAGGGAGGAGCGCGAGUUACUACAGGACUGUGUAGCUUUCUCCAGAUGGAGCUUGGCUGGCUCCGCCUCUUCCUUCAUCGCAACUCGAGGCUCCCGACCAGGGGAUGGGUUAGCAGACAUUCUCUUCGGAGCGUUGUUCUCUGUCGCACUCCGGCAUAUUCAGGCAACGUGCCUCCAGGAAGGCAUCUCUCUUCAGGCAGCGGGCAGUUUUGUCGGAGCUUCUGAUGAGGUGCUUCCAUUAGGCUGGGCAGACGAUCUUGCCAUUUUAGCGGAUUUUGACUCGCCUCGCCAACUCCUUUGCCAACUGCCUCGGCUCGCUACCAUCGUGCUUGCGACCCUCGACGUUCUGCGCUUCCGAGUAAACCUGGCUGCUGGGAAGACCGAGAUCCUGGUCGAUGUACGAGGUCCGGAGGCUAAAAUAGUCCGUGGCGAGCUGCUGGCUCCGCCUUCUCUACUACGUUUGCCUUCCGGUCAUGCUGUCCGGUUAGCCCCGGAAUACCGGUAUCUCGGGGUGGUUCAAACUCCCAGGGAUAAUGGCCGGCGGGAUAUGGAAUUGGCAGCACAACGAGGCCACUCCGCAUGGUCUCAUGCGAAGAGUCUGCUAGCCUGCCAGUCACUGCCGUGGCGACUUAAGCAAGCGUGGCUUGCCGGCCGGGUGCUCCCAGCGGCCUAUGCUACCCUCUGCACGUCGCUUGCCGUCUCUGAACGGGCAGUCAGCCCACUUACCGGUUUCUUCGAAAGGGCGGCGAGACAAUUGAUUGGCUCAUGGAAAUUUGGACAUGUGUUGACCAAUCCCUUGUUGGUUCUGCUCAUGGGGUUAUCGUCCCCUGGUGACGCGUGUGCCAUCGCCAGAACCCGGCUGGUGGUUCAGUUAGUUACACGCGCCCCGCCACGAGUGGGUGAGCUUUUUGCAGCAGCCUGGGAUAGGGCCACGCCAUGGUGCUCCCUUCUUGUUGACGCGUGCCAGCAAGUCGCAUCUGGGCUGGUUGGCCACCUAUCCCCGACGCAUGUCACUCGCCAGUACAUCGCCCAGCAUGCCGUCAAACUCCAGAGUGUCUGUAGGCACCUCAGCCGGUAUGGUUCAGCGUAUCGAGCGCUUCAUGCACUGUGGCGGGAUGUCGUGGUUCCCAAGGUCGUUCAGGUUCUUGGCGUGCCGCAGCCCAGAGUUUGUGGACUUUGCGGCCUCAGCUUCCCCAGCCUGCAUGCCCUUGCCGCGCAUGUCCACCGCAAGCAUUCCGUUGUCAAUAGCCUGACUCGGUAUACGAAUGGGACAGUUUGCCUAUGGUGUCAUUGCGACCACCACUCGACCGACAGGUUAAAAUAUCACUUGAAGGUGACUCCAGCGUGCAUGCACGGACUUCGUGUCACUGUCGGGCAAGCCUACGUCUAUGGUACAGGGACGAAGCGAUCUGGUGCUAGGGGCCACCGAGGCUUACCUGCUACGCGCCUCCCUGGGCCUAUUAAUGCCACACCGGCUCAGAGAGCGGCUUCCCUGGCCGAGAUCCCAUGCACGGAAGAUGACCUGUGUCAAGAGCGACUGGCGAUAGUGGGGACACAUGAGCUCUAUUCGUGGCCGGAAGAUCCGGCACCACUUGCCGAUGUUCUGCCGGCGGACACUACGGAUGUCUCAGCUCGCGGGCCGGGUGCUCCAGCUCUAACGCCGGUCGUCAGUCAACUGGAAGGGACUCUUCACUGGUUUGCCAUUGAGGCCUUGAAGGCCGUCCAGACUGGUCAGUUCCCUCUCCGCUUUGGCGGGGUAUGCUCCAUCGGUUUCAGCCUCUGGCCCGAGACACCUACCAGCGGUGAGGCGGUGCAGGCCGAGGUGGGCCUCCCACGUGUUCAGCGGCAGCGGGUCUGCCUGGCCAAGCAGUUGGUCUACAUGCAGGGUGGUAUGAUUGUACGACGGGGGUUUGGCCUCAAAUGGUGUCAGGUACGCUUUGUUCAUGAUGUGCAGCAGUGUGCCGCAGCCCAGGCCGCCUGCACAUGUCUUUGCCGGUUGGCAGUUGGAUUUUGGCUACACUUCGUCAGAGUACUUCCGGAAGCAAAGUCUCCCUUCCUCCAUCAGCGGGUGGCGGCAUCUUGGCGUCCUGCACACCUCUCUAUGUGGGCUCUCGCUACUUUGUUGUUCGAAUCGGGCGCGUCGGAGACGCUUGAGCUGGGCUACCCCGAGGACGUUGCAGCGGUUGCACCUUAUUGGACACGUUGUGUUCUUUCGCUGGCUGGUGACAUCAAUGAGGCGACCUGCGCGAUGCGGGGAGUCCCUGUAGCUAUGCUCUCAGCUUUGGCCAGCAAGUGCCGUUCUGCCAUCUCUGCCGAGCAGCACUGUCCCCAGAAAGGACUCAAGAAGGCCGCGGACAUGGCGCAAGACGCCUUGAGCGAUGCUAAGGCUGGCGCCACGGCGACGCGGGAGCUCAGCUCCCGAUGGCUGCCUUUCGCUGACUGCAUCCUCGAGAUGGCCGCAUGGUGCGACCCGGAGGCUACCCCGGUGGCCUACCUUGCCAAGUUCUUAUCUGCAGAUCUUGCUCGGCUUGUGCUCACCGACGACACACUCGUUGGUGAUCAGGAUGUGGAUUUUGUCGGCAUCUGCCGUGUCUUUUCUGGCACACUGCGGCCCAACAGCCGAGUUUACAUCGGUCAGGACAAGCCCGAUGAGCAGGAGCGCUGCCUUCAAGUGGUGCGGCUUUUCCAGCUCAUGGGGCGAAAUCUCCUGGAGGUCACGGAAGCUCCAGCCGGGAGCAUCGUGGCCUGUCAUGUCAGCUCCCCUGACGGCGCUGAGCUGGGUGUUGAAAGGUUUCUGACUCUCUCCGGUGCCGAAAACGGUCCCAACUUCGAGACGCCUUACAGCAGCCAGGCCUUCGCCAUCGUCAGGGUGAAUUUGCAGCCGAACCGCGUCGAGGACUUGAAAGCUCUUGAGCGGGGUUUGCGCCUUCUGCAUCGUGCAGAUCCGUCCGUCAGUAUCGAGGCUAUGGUCACCGGCGAAAACGUGCUGGGAUGCUGCGGGGACGAGCAUUUGAAGCGCUGCACCCACGACCUGCAGAAGCUCUAUGCGCGGGACGUGGAAUUUUCCGUCUCCACGCCACUGGUUGCCGUGCGAGAAUCCAUAGCAAAGUCAGUGUCUAUGGAAAGGCUAGACCCGAAGGGCUCUGUACUGUGGCUACCGAUUUGGAUGUCGCACCUGACGGACACCUCCACCGAAGCCGGUAGCGUGCUCUCAGGGCUUCACUCGGAUGGCGGCGAUGAUGCUUCUGAUGCUCCGGUGCAGCAUGAGCGCAUCUCUAUGUCCCCGACGGCUGUGAUGACCGUGUGGACGGCUAACCGAAAAGCUAGCAUCAAGAUCAGCGCUGUGGUCCUACCCGACAGUGUGCUCGAGUGGAUGGAUAACAAGGCGGAGGCUUUGGAAGCGGUCAUACACCGACAGCAGGCAUCCGUCGAGCUGGCAGGAUCCUCCGACGGGUCUCUGCUUGGUUGCCUCAAUGAGGUGGAGACGCAGUUCAGGAUGCUUCAAGAGCAGGUGGAGGACACGAGCUUCCGGAUAUGCAACGGCUGUGAUAUCUCCCUCUGCGGGAUGAGUGUGGUGCGGGGAAGUCGGACGCUUCUGAUGGAUGGCUCAGGUGUCGGCUGGAAGCUCCAGGAAUCCUACGACUCGACGUGGGAUCCUGCACAGUCCCAGCCGGGGCAGGAGGUACCCCUAUGGAUGCGUCCGAAUAUUCUCAGUGGCUUUCAGCUGGCGAGCUCGGCAGGGCCCCUCUGCGAGGAGCCUCUCCGGGGUGUCGCCUUCGUCAUCCACGCCGCGCAGGGUGCCGCACAGACCCACGACGAGGAUGGCACUGCCGUGACGGGUGCCAGCCCAUACGGGCCGAUGUCGGGCCAGGUUAUGGUGGCAACCAAGGAAGCGUGCAGAUAUUGCCUUCUGCGAAAGGGCUUCUCGCGGAUUUCGGAGGCGAUGUUGACGUUGGACGUCCAUUGCGAGCAGGAGAUGCUCGGAAAGGUCUACGCAGUGCUCGGCAAGCGCCGUGCCAAGGUGCAGGAGGAAGGCCUUCGAGAAGGGACGUCUCUCUUCUACAUCCAUGCUUACAUCCCGCUUGCGAACUCGUUUGAUCUCGCCAAAGAUCUGCGGCAAGCGGCAUCAGGCCACGUGUCGUUUCACUGCGCUUUCUCACACUGGGAGCUGUCGGAGGAGGAUCCGUUCCAGGAAGCUUCGCUGACGCCCGACGAGCUGGAGGAGCUCGGGGAUCAGCCUCUGCCGCCCACCACGGCCCGGAAGCUCAUCGAUGCGAUCCGAAAACGGAAGGGGCUUCCCACCGAUGAGAAGGUCGUAAAGGCUGGCACCAAGCAGCGCACGGUCACCCGCAUGAAGUGA